UACCGGUACAUGAAGGUCAUUCAAAACCAGCCUUCAGGUCAGCGCGUGGAGCUGACGCAGUGAGGCAAGCGGCGGGCCAGGCGAGUGUGCAAGAUGAAAGAACGGACCUUGCGCGGCAGAGCGCGUCCUCUGCCCGCUGCAGCAGUGGUGGUGUUAUGGGUCAUUGCGUGCUGCUGUCGCCUGGAGAGUGCACGCGGGUUCAACUUACGUGUAGACGAACAGUUCCGUGUAGAAAACGUGUUCAAACAACCUAUCAAUUUCAUAAUCAACGGACAAGAGGCAUCGUCCCUGCAGUUUCUGAAAACUUCAGACCUGGCUCGAUUCGGCGAACAGUACACGUACAUUGCCAUGGAGUGGAAUCGGUCACCCAACGAAAUGGUGGAUUAUAUUAUGUACUUUGCCUCGGAGAACACUACAAUAAUGGAGACACCCCAGGCGAACACACCAUACUGCAGCUGUGUGCCUUCCACCAACUACACGUCUUUCAGGAUGUCAUUACCUUGCACUGGCAAUUCGGAUGAAGCUGUAGCAUUCGAAGUCUUCCUCAACUACACUAUCACCACGUACCCCUACACCAUCGACAACAUCAAAGCAAAUCUGAGCUUCCCAGAGUGCCAUGCUCACCAGCGCAACUUGACCGGUGGUCAUGUGACUAAGGGUAGCACGGUGGUGUCCAUGGUAAAAAUCUGUGCACUGGCUACACCACCACCUCCAGUUGGCGAUGAUGAUAAUAAUACAGGGCUCUCAACACCGAAACUGGCUGGCCUCAUCGCUGGCUCUGUUGCCACCCUGUUUCUAGUGAUAUUGCUCAUUCUGAUCAUUGUCCGAUAUCAAAGACGAAAGACACAAGCACUGGUGGCUGAUGCAGGGAGACUACGCAUUGAGUCCAUAAUGACACAAGACAGGUACCAUACUCACACCGUGCCACUUUCGCCCGUACGGGUGAGGCAUCAGGUUGGUGAAGCUGUGUUCGAGAUGAUGGCGGAUCGCUCUGUUAUUGUGGACAAGCCACCCACUGUUGCUGAGGUGAAGGCUACAAUGCGGACCAUGCAAUUGGCCAAGGAACAAGUCAAGAAACAAGUCAGGGAACAAGUCAAGGAACCAGUCAGGGAACAAGUCAAGGAACCAGUCAGGGAACAAGUCAAGGAACCAGUCAGGGAACAAGUCAAGGAACUAGCUAUCAAGACGGAAAGUGACGUCGAUGAGUUCUUGGAAGAGACACAAGAGACACGCACAGCACUGACUGAUGCAGGGAGACUGCACACUGAGUCCAUAAUGACACGAGACAGGUGCCGUACUCACAUCGUACCAUGUUCGGCCGUACAGGUGGGGCGUGAGAUUGGCAGAGGGGCGUUUGGACGUGUCUACAUUGGCAAUGUUAUCCUGGACAAAGGCAAGGAACCAGUACUAUGUGCCAUCAAAACACUGAAAGCUAUCAAGACGGAAAGUGACGUCGAUGAGUUCUUGGAAGAGGCGGUCAUGCUGAAGGACUUCAAGCACCCGAAUGUGAUGUCACUGCUAGCCGUUGCCUCGAAUGCGAAGAACCUGCCGAUGGUGUGUCUAGAAUACAUGCACUACGGAGAUCUACGGACGUACCUGAGGAAAAUGAGAGGAUCUGUGGCCAACCUUGUCAAUGAAGCCAAUACCACGUCGAGUACCAAGGUUUUGCUCAGCUUCUGCACUCAGGUAGCACAGGGUAUGGACUACCUGUCUAGUAAGAACUUCGUGCAUCGUGAUCUGGCUGCUAGGAAUUGCAUGUUGAACAAAGAUAUGGUGGUGAAGGUCGGUGAUUUUGGAUUGGCGCGUGAAAUUGAGAAAGACAGCUACUACAGAAUAGGAUCUAGUCGUCCGCUGCCGGUCAAGUGGAUGUCGUUUGAGAGCCUGAAAGAGGAAAUCUUCACAGUACAGUCUGAUGUGUGGGCAUUCGGUGUAGUGAUGUGGGAGAUCUUCUCCCUUGGCAUCACACCCUACUCGGGUGUAGCUAACCAUGAGAUGCUGGAGUUGCUCAAGCAAAACAUUCGUCUCCCGCCACCCGAUGAUUGUCCAGUGGGCGUGUAUGAUAUGAUGCAGUCAUGUUGGGUUGUUUGCCCGGAAGAGCGGCCUACGUUCUCACUCAUUGCCGGCAUACUGGACGACUUUAGCCAGCAGCUCUACGAAAACAUGCCGAUUCACAAAGUACAGGCUUGGUCGGACUACAUGAACUAUAAUCCUGCUCCACCGGGCUCUAUCAUACAACAAAAACCUGCCAAACAGCCAACCAGUCGGACUGCAGAGAAUCCCCCAGCACCAUACAUUGCAUUGCUUGAGCCAGAUGACAUGGACCAGCAUGGGAUGAUGGGACCAGCUCAGAAAAAGCUGGAGCUCGCGACCGUAGCUGAAACUUCUCCAUCAGAUCAACCCACAGUUGAGAAUCAGGCCACAGGCAGUGGGGAAUCCGCCGUUCUCGUGAUCGACACUAUGUCACCCAGAGAGAUCAAUCCCGUAAUCGCCACCACCGUCACCAGCAUAAACACCAACAGCAUCGACGGUGGCAACAACAAUCCUCCUCCAGAGCAGCAGGCACCGGAUGCCAUCGUUCCACCUCUGGCCAUCAGCGAGAGCAUCAUCACAGAGUAACGCUACAAGGAUCCGCCAGCACCACGCCCGAUAAACUCUCCACGAGAUCAGGAAGCUCGCCGAGACGAACGUCAACGGCGAUGGCGUAAAGUCAACACUGGCAAUGAGUCAGAUGACAGUACAACGUCUUUAUAGUUAUCAGGGAGAGCAUCAUCACCGAGUAGAUGAUAGGUUUUCAGUCUUGUCUUGUGCAAUUAGUCAGCGUUACUUAUGUGUAUUGGAGUCAAUUUACAUCUUCACUACUAGGCCUGACCUAUGUAAGCAGAAGAAAAAUUGGUCUGUUCUGAACUUGUUUAUGAGUUUGGAAUGAUAUAUCUCAGUUUGUGUCUUGCAACCCGUUAGUUGUUCAUUGAUCUCUUUGCUUGUGAUACAUGGAAGUGUUUUGAUUAGCCCCUUCAUGUUUUUGCUUUAAGUUUUCAUUGAGUAGCACUAAAGUUGGCAUUUUUGGCUUUUCUUCACUACAUUUUUAGAAACUUUUGUUCAUGUUGUGUUACUGAACUAGUGCGUAUUAUUGUGUAUCUAUUCACUGCAUUUAAACUACUUCCAAUUAUUUUUUUAUCACUCCCUUAGUAUUGACCCCAUAGAUUUUUGCUAUACCUAAGCAUUCAAAAUAUUCCUGCAUAUUUCACUCCUUACGACCUUAGGGCCAUUAUUGACUGCUAAAGUUUUACUCCAUGA